GUGGACGGAGGACGGUAUGGCCGAAAACGGAGGAGUGAAGAUGACAAGGACGGACACACUCCACUCUACGACCAGUUCCACGGGGACGCAGAGGAAGAAGAGCCAUCAUAAUAAGAAAGUGGUACAGGGUUCUGACAAGGUCCAGAGAGCGCCCAGAGCCCUUUACUGCCUCAAACUCAACAACCCUAUACGCAGGGCUGCGCUCUCCAUCGUAGAGUGGAAACCCUUUGACAUCUUCAUCCUGAUAGCCAUCUUUGCUAACUGUAUAGCGCUGGGGGUGUCCAAGCCUUUCCCUGAGGAAGACUCCAACUCUACCAACCACGAUCUGGAACAAGUGGAAUAUGUGUUUCUGAUUAUCUUCACCAUCGAGACCUUUCUGAAGAUCUUGGCUUACGGCUUAGUGAUGCACCCCAGCUCCUACAUUCGCAACGGAUGGAACCUGUUGGACUUUGUCAUUGUCAUCGUCGGGCUGUUCAGUGUCGUCCUGGAGACGAUGACCCAUAAGGCCACUGGGGAGGCUGCGUCGACCCACCAUGUGCCAGGGAAGCCUGGAGGUCUGGACGUCAAAGCUCUCCGAGCCUUCAGAGUACUGAGGCCCCUACGGCUGGUCUCAGGAGUACCUAGUCUUCAGAUCGUAUUGAACUCCAUCAUGAAGGCCAUGCUGCCUCUGCUCCACAUCGCCCUGCUGGUCCUGUUUGUCAUCAUCAUCUAUGCCAUCAUCGGCCUCGAGCUGUUCAUAGGACGGAUGCAUAAAUCCUGCUACUACAUCGGCACAGACAACUAUGCAGAGGAUGACCCUGUGUAAGAAUUAUACUGUUCUCUGUACUCUACUGAUACAUUUAUAGUCUGUGCGUUUGCGGGUCACGGCCGUCAGUGUGUAGUGAACGGGUCUGAGUGUCGAGGAAAGUGGGCUGGACCCAACGGAGGAAUCACCAACUUUGACAAUUUCUUCUUCGCUAUGCUGACGGUGUUCCAGUGUAUCACUAUGGAGGGGUGGACCGACGUUCUCUACUGGAUGAAUGAUGCCAUCGGGUUUGAGAUGCCCUGGGUUUACUUUGUCAGUCUGGUGGUUUUUGGCUCCUUCUUCGUCCUCAACCUGGUUUUGGGUGUGUUGAGUGGAGAGUUCUCCAAGGAGAGAGAGAAGGCCCAGGCGCGAGGGGACUUCCAGAAGCUGAGGGAGAAGCAGCAGAUGGAGGAGGACCUGUCUGGAUACAUGGACUGGAUCACACAGGCUGAGGACAUGGAUGAGUUUGACGAGGAUGGAAACAGACUUGCGACACUGGGGGAUCUGUCAGACAAGAAGAAAGGGAAGUUUGGCUGGUUCAGUCACUCAAACGACACACACGCAAGUCUGCCAGCCAGUGAGACAGCCUCUACCAACACGGAGAAUAUAGAUGAGGAACACACUGAUUGCUGUGCCGCCUGCUGCGCUCGAAUGAUGAAUAACAGCUGCUGUCGAACGUUGCGGCGGUGGAACCGGGUGUGUCGGAGGAACUGCCGCGUGGCGGUCAAGUCGGUGACGUUCUAUUGGUUAGUUCUGUUUCUGGUGUUCCUCAACACCAUCUGCAGCGCCUCAGAACACUACGACCAGCCAGAUUGGCUCACAGAGGUCCAGGACAUAGCCAACAAGGUUCUGCUGUCUCUGUUUACGGUGGAGAUGCUGUUGAAGAUGUACGCUCUGGGGACGUCUCAGACCGGCUACUUCAAAGCCUUUUUUAAUCGGUUCGACUUCUUCGUGGUGUGUGGAGGCAUCACGGAGACCACUCUGGUGGAGCUGGAGAUCAUGCCGCCUCUCGGCAUCUCCGUGCUUCGCUGUGUCCGACUCCUCAGGAUAUUUAAAGUGACACGUCACUGGACAGCUCUGUCCAACCUGGUGGCCUCUCUGCUCAACUCGAUGAAGUCUAUCAUGUCCCUUCUCCUCCUGCUGUUCCUUUUCCUGAUCAUCUUCGCUCUGCUGGGCAUGCAGCUGUUCGGAGGGAAGUUCAAUUUCGACGAGACCCAGACCAAGAGGAGCACCUUCGACACCUUCUCCCAAGCCCUGCUUACCUGCUUCCAGAUUCUAACAGGUGAGGACUGGAACUUAGUGAUGUACGACGGCAUCAUGGCGUACGGAGGGCCCGUCUUCCCUGGCAUGAUCAUCUGUAUCUACUUUGUCAUCCUCUUCAUCUGUGGUAACUAUAUCCUGCUGAACGUCUUCUUGGCUAUCGCUGUGGACAACUUAGCUGGAGGAGACGGUGACACGAAGAAAGAAGAGAAGAAAGAGGAGGGGGAAGCAAAGGAAGGGGAGGGAGAGAAUGGAGAACUGAAGAUUGACGUUGAUGAUGAGACUGAGUAUGAGGAAGAGGAGGAGCCUGAACAGACAGAAGAGGCGGCAGUAGGCAUCCAGCUGAACGUAGCAGACAUCCUCCCUCCCAAGGAGAAGGUUACACCAAUCCCAGAGGGCAGCGCCUUCUUCUGUCUCAGCAAGACCAACCCGAUCCGUCGGGGUUGCCACUUCCUGAUCCACCACCACAUCUUCUGCAAUCUCAUCCUGGUCUUCAUCAUCCUCAGCAGCUGCUCUUUGGCCGCAGAGGAUCCCAUCAGAGCACACUCCUUUAGGAACAAUGUUCUGGGCUAUGCAGACUAUGCCUUCACCUCUAUAUUCACAGUGGAGAUUAUACUGAAGAUGACGGUUCAUGGAGCAUUCCUCCACCAAGGUUCAUUCUGUAGGAACUGGUUCAAUCUGUUGGAUCUCCUGGUGGUCUCUGUGUCUCUGAUCUCCUUCUUCCUACAUUCGAGUGCCAUCUCUGUGGUCAAGAUUCUCAGGGUACUUAGAGUACUCAGGCCUCUACGAGCCAUCAACAGAGCCAAAGGACUGAAGCAUGUGGUCCAGUGUGUGUUUGUAGCGAUCAAGACCAUCGGUAACAUCAUGAUCGUCACUACUCUACUACAGUUCAUGUUCGCCUGCAUCGGAGUCCAGCUCUUCAAGCAGAGCACCCACAGGUCAACAGGACUUAGACUGAAACAUUGA